CGUUGGAGCGGCUUAGUGUUAUGUGGAAAACCGCCGGCAUGUCUGCAGAGCUGGGUGUUGGGCUAGCGCUGCGGAACGUGAAGGAGCGGGUGCAGCAGUCUGCUGCGCGGCGACCCCGGGAUCUUCCAGCCAUCCAACCCCGGCUAGUAGCUGUGAGCAAAACCAAACCUGCUGAUAUGGUGAUUGAGGCAUAUGCUCAUGGGCAACGCAGCUUUGGAGAGAACUAUGUUCAGGAGCUAUUAGAAAAAGCAUCAAAUGCUAAAAUUCUGUCUUCAUGUCCUGAGAUCAAAUGGCAUUUCAUUGGCCACCUGCAGAAGCAAAAUGUCAACAAAUUGAUCGCUGUCCCCAACCUCUACAUGCUGGAAACUGUGGACUCUGUGAAAUUGGCAGACAAAGUAAACAAUUCUUGGCAGAAGAAAGGCUCUCCAGAGAGAUUAAAAGUCAUGGUGCAGAUUAACACCAGUGGGGAAGAAAUUCUCAUCUUCAGUACUAGCUUCUUGGAUUUCCAUCUUUCUCUCCAUGAAGGUAAACAUGGGCUCCCACCUUCAGAGACAGUGGCCACAGUGCAGCAUAUCAAUGCCAAGUGUCCCAACCUGGAGUUCGUGGGCUUGAUGACCAUAGGGAGUUUUGGACAUGACGUCACUCAGGGGCCCAACCCAGACUUCCAGACUCUGUUGUCCCUGCGGAAGGAGGUGUGUGAGAAGCUCAGCAUCCGCAUUGACCAGGUGGAACUGAGUAUGGGCAUGUCCAUGGAUUUCCAGCAUGCGAUUGAAAUGGGGUCUACAAAUGUUCGGAUAGGAAGUACUAUUUUUGGAGAACGGGAUUAUUCAAAGAAACCGGCUAUGGACAAGGCAGUGACAGACAUAAAGGCCACAAUGGAGGCAACUCAAGAUCAUUGAACUGAGAAAGGAGAGGAACCAAGCAGCAAGCUUCCACCUCUCGAGGGCCCCGGGGUGGGAACUUUAACUAUGCACUAACCCAAAUCUUACUUUCCACAUGCCAGGUUAUAGCACAGCAGUGCUUUUGUUAAGACUCAGGCCCUAGAGUUCUAAUGAUUAUUGUGUUGGUGGGAAUCAUCUUCACUUAGCAUCUUUGACACCUUAGGCCCAUUUAGAUCAUUGACUUAGGAUUGCCCCAGAACUGGAGAAUCCAGGCCUUUCAGCAGGAAAGAGACCGAAUCAGAAUGAACCCUCGCUGCUAGCCAGAAGAUCUAACUAAUCGUGAAUGCCUUCUGCAAGUAGAAAUGUGUUCACCGAAGCCUAUACUUAUUGCUGUCAAAAAUAUUUUCAUUUGCCCUUCCCCUGAUCACCAGGGCUUCAUCUCCUUUUGAUAGAGAUGGAAACCCUCCAGAACAUGCACCAUACCUGCCCUGAAGCAGGAUUGGUUCUUUCCCCCUCCCCCCCCCCCCCCAUUCUCUCCCCAUUCAUGAUAACGCCCAAAGAUGAUGGUCAGUUUCUUUACUGAAGAAUACUUGACACAGACAAUUUCAUGGUUCAUAAUGUGCUUUACACCCAGAAAGCUGCUAAUGAAACCAGAAACUGUGAUUGACCUUUCUGUUGUUUUGGCCUUGGAAAUGGGAUUUGUGAUUAGCUGCAUCUCACCUCCUAUCCUUCUUAGAAGCCAACCUUCCCCACCCCCCACCCCCCCACCCCCAGUCAGGUGGCAAUAUAUAUAUUACUUAGGAUGUAGUCUUCUGGUGAGGUUUAAUAGUGAAUUUUGGUGGUUUUCCAGAAAUGGAGAGAGCCUUUCAAAUCUAGGCCAAGGCAGUCACAUCAAAUAAUACUGACUUUGAGGGCUCCUCACAGAGUAGUCCAUCAUCCAAGUUUAUAUGCACCCUACCAUAUUUAUAAGUAACAAUUUUGUAAAUUUUCUCAUUUGCUAGUAAAAUAGCAAGGCUUUUGUGAGCAUGAAAAUGGACAAAAUGCAGUAUUUGCAAAUUCAUGAAAAAGACUAUGUAUUGAGAACCUCCUCCUCCCCUCCACACACAUACUUAAAUUACUUUUUCCCUUAAUUUAUUCAGUCUCUGGACUUAAUUUUAUGGAUUUACCUUGAGAAUACGAUGCUGAAUGUAAUUUUUUAAAAUUCGUAAGCCAAUAUGAUUUCUGUGCUUUUAAAGCUACACAGUGUAGUGGUUCAUAGUCUCUUAAAUAAAAAUGUGUUUGAAUUAUGCCAUCUGUGCCAAUUACAAAGCAAUUAAAAGAUUAUUUUUUUUACACUGUG